AUGGAGAAUGGAGGAGAGUCAUGGGCGAUGCGCGUUGGCUCUGGCUCCGUUGUUUGGGAUUUGCCUUUGGAGAAUAACGGCUACCACUACUUGGACUACGGCGGCAGGGUCAUCUCCUCACAGGAAUCAGCCCCCCUGCAAUUCACCGCGCCUCGGACUUCCCACCCGAGCAUCCGCCCCACCCGCGCCUCGCUCUUCUGGCCGUAUUUCCGUUAAACUCUUCAUCU